UCUGAUGGACUACCAUGCUUAACCUAAGUUUUACUUUGACUUAUAUACCAGUUUACAAUUGCGUUCUUGCCAAAAGAUGUUUUCGUACAAUUUGUUUACUUGCUUGUGAUUGGCUUAUCGCAAUAUCCGUCAACGUUUUAAUUACAUCUAUCGUCAUGUGGCGGAAUAAGGAGGGGGCGGAUCGUCAUUGUUGUCCAAAGCGCUAUGAAUUACCUUAUUGCUUGUUGUCCCAUGUCGACUAUCAUCUCACUAAAGAUCAACUAUGUGAAAUGGUUACUGGGCCGACAUUCUUGGUACGACAUAGAAUGCGGAACGGGAAUGUUGGAGUUAGUGGCAAUGAUCAUGAAGCUACAAUUCGAAUUAUUGGAGAUUAUUGUCAUAUGGAAGUGUCGGGUGGUCAAUCGUAUUACCAUCCCUUUAUCGAUAUGGGCGAUAGUAACACCGACACUGAAGGAACUAUUGUCAGCAAGAAUGGUGCUUUUAAUUGGUCAUUACUCGGUACAACAGGUAGUACUAGCAUCUACUACUGUUUUCCUCAUUAUGGUAUGUUUGGUUCAUGUGAUGACCCGAAUGUCUACGAACGUCAGAACAGAAGAGUCUACAUCAACAGAGAUGGAUCAGCCACGUGUUUCUCAACGACAGUUGAUCUUUAUUUCGACAUAGAUACAAUGCCAUAUACAUAUGAUUUACAUUCUUAA